AUGUUUGUUGUACGUCAAUCAAAGGCGCUCUCACCUAUAUACCACAGAGCAAGUAUUGCAGCCAGUUUACAUACAACGCGUGCAUUGUUGGCUACUCCAGCCAAAGAGAGUGACGCAUCGGCCUUUGAGAAGAUAGCCCAUGGACUCAAUUCAUUCAAGAGCACAGUGUUGGGAUCGCCUCCUCUUCGCAAUGUCACCAAGCCUGUUGAUACACCGUUCACGGGAGAGGCUGCCAACUGGAAUCAAGCUCUCAGCGAGGCUCAAAGUCUAGUCAAAGAUAACGACGACCGCAUAAUUGACCCUGCAAAAUUAGUGGGAGAUGAUCUGAAGGAAAUCAAGGCCAACAUCUCCAAAUUGCUAGGCAGUGGACACCCAUUCCUCAACACCGUUGCCAGACAUUAUUUCAGUGGAGAGGGUAAGCAUGUUCGACCCCUCUUGGUGCUGCUGAUUGCACAAGCAACCAGUAUUGCAGACAAGAAAUCGCUUGUCAGCAACAUUGACUAUAAAUCAAUUGACACGCCUAUAUCGCAUGGACUCAAAAACAUCACCACCAACGACGUAUUUGAUCGUAAACUACAUUAUACGCCCUCUGUGACAGAUCAGGGAUGCAUCAUUUUGCCCACACAACGACGAUUAGCAGAAAUAUCCGAGAUGAUUCAUACGGCAUCAUUAUUGCAUGAUGAUGUGAUUGACGCCUCCAUGACACGCAGAAAUCUACCAUCAGCCAAUGCAUCGUUUGGUAACAAAAUGGCAGUGUUGGGUGGCGAUUUCUUGUUGGCAAGAGCAUCAUUGGCAUUAGCAAGACUUCGGAACGCAGAGUGCAUCGAAUUGAUGGCAACAUGCAUCGCAAAUCUGGUGGAGGGUGAAUUCAUGCAAUUAAGAAACACCAAGGAGGGCGAAUCGGGCAAGGUGAAAAAGCUGAGCACAUUUGAUCAUUACAUGGAGAAGACCUACAUGAAGACGGGCAGCCUGAUUGCUCAGAGCUGCAAGGCAUCUGCCGUAUUGGGCGGUUCAACCAAAGAAGUCGCUAACAUUGCAUAUGAUUUUGGAAAGAAUCUGGGUCUAGCCUUUCAGCUUGUGGAUGACAUGCUUGAUUUCACAGUGACAGCAGCAGAGCUAGGCAAACCAGCAGGAGCAGAUCUCAAACUGGGCCUGGCUACAGCACCUGUUCUGUUUGCAUGGGAGGAAUAUCCAGAGUUGGAGCCAUUGAUCAAGCGAAAGUUUUCUGUGAAGGGUGAUGAGGAAAAGGCAAGAGACUUGGUUUAUCAGAGUGAUGGCUUGAAAAAGACGUUAGAUUUGGCACAGAUCCACUGCAAAUUGGCCACGGAUGCCCUCUACAAACUGCCAGCUUCUGAUGCCAGAUCAGCACUAGUUCAAAUCACUGAAAAAUUAUUAACUCGUAGAUCAUAA